GUUGCUAUGAAUCUUUUUGAUGGCCGAGGUUUUUGUUGUUUGCUUAGGGUCCUCUAGGUGAGGGUUUCUACUGCACUUGAGUACUCUGAAUACUGUUAGGGAUUUAAUGUGCUGGCAAUGACUGCACUUACGACGAGGCAGCCUUUUCUCCUAACCAUUGACUAUGGCUUUUAUUAAUCUUUCUUUCAUUCUUUUAAUUUCCAUUUAUAUCUUCUUAAUGCUGCAUUUGCUUGAGUUGACAAACCGUCUUAUGGAAGUGUAUUUAAAGCAAUCCACAAGGAAUCUGGUCAAGUUGUGGCAAUUAAACAAGUGCCUGUUGAAUCAGAUCUUCAGGAAAUCAUCAAGGAAAUUUCCAUAAUGCAGCAGUGUGACAGCCCGUAUGUUGUAAAGUACUAUGGCAGUUACUUUAAGAACACAGACCUCUGGAUUGUCAUGGAGUACUGUGGAGCUGGAUCUGUCUCAGACAUAAUUAGAUUACGAAAUAAGACAUUAACAGAAGAUGAAAUUGCAACCAUUCUUAAGUCCACAUUGAAAGGGCUAGAAUAUUUGCACUUUAUGAGGAAAAUACACAGAGACAUAAAAGCGGGGAAUAUUCUUCUCAAUACAGAAGGACACGCAAAGCUGGCUGACUUUGGUGUGGCUGGUCAGUUAACAGAUACAAUGGCAAAGCGCAAUACUGUGAUAGGAACUCCAUUCUGGAUGGCUCCGGAGGUCAUACAGGAAAUUGGCUAUAACUGUGUGGCAGAUAUCUGGUCUCUUGGCAUCACUUCUAUAGAAAUGGCCGAAGGGAAACCUCCGUACGCUGAUAUCCAUCCAAUGAGGGCGAUUUUUAUGAUCCCCACAAAUCCACCACCAACAUUCAGGAAACCAGAACUUUGGUCUGAUGAUUUCACCGAUUUUGUGAAAAAGUGCCUGGUGAAGAAUCCUGAGCAGAGAGCUACUGCAACACAGCUUUUACAGCAUCAUUUUAUCAAGAAUGCAAAGCCUGUGUCGAUUUUAAGAGACCUGAUCACAGAAGCUAUGGAGAUCAAAGCGAAGAGACAUGAAGAGCAGCAGCGUGAGCUGGAGGAGGAGGAAGAAAAUUCGGAUGAAGACGAGCUGGAUUCCCACACCAUGGUGAAGACAAGCUCGGGAAGUGUGGGCACGAUGCGGGCCACGAGCACCUUGAGCGAAGGGGCCCAGACCAUGAUUGAACACAACAGCACCAUGCUGGAGUCGGACUUGGGCACGAUGGUUAUCAACAGCGAGGAUGAGGAAGAAGAAGAUGGAACUAUGAAAAGAAAUGCAACUUCGCCACAAGUACAAAGACCAUCUUUCAUGGACUACUUUGAUAAACAGGACUUCAAGAACAAGAGUCACGAAAACUGUAGUCAGAAGAUGCACGAACCCUUCCCUGUAUCCAAAAACGUUUUUCCUGAUAACUGGAAGGUUCCUCAGGAUGGUGACUAUGACUUUUUGAAGAAUCUAAGUUUAGAAGAGCUACAGAUGCGAUUGAAAGCCCUGGACCCCAUGAUGGAACGAGAGAUAGAAGAGCUUCGCCAGAGAUACACGGCGAAAAGACAGCCCAUCCUGGACGCCAUGGACGCCAAGAAAAGAAGGCAGCAGAACUUCUGAGCCCACGCUCCCAUCUCUGCUCCCAGGGCUCAUCUGGAGACCAAGAAACCACUAAGGAUCGAAGGACUUGUGCAUUUGAUGAAUCCCUAAGCUUGGUGUUCUACAGCUGGGCAAAGGUCAGCUAAUCAUGAGUGGUAUGUGCCCAGGUAAACUCCCAGAAGCAGCAUGUACCUCUCUAGCCAGUAGGUUUUCACUUCUAGGUGGGGAAAUCGGCAGAAACCGAUUCUCCUCCCCACCUGUCAGCCGCACAUUGGCCACGAACCAGCAUCAUCAAACAAGGCUUAGAACGCCAAAGCUCUGCUUCCCUUGUGCAGCCCCAAGGGCUACAUAUCAUCGCAUCAAGUAGCCUAUUUAUUGUAUAUUGUAUCCCCUAGGUGAACUUUAUUUAUUGAUGCGAUAGCCACGUCGUCGUGCGUGUGGAAGACACAAUCAGGAGAGCUUUAGUCAAGGUAGGAGCUGGUGAUGUUCAUCUGAAUCCCACUUGAUGCCAGCAGCUCUGGGCACAUGUCUGAUCCCCUAGGACCACUUUCCAGCGGAAGUGAGUCAUUAAUGACGGUAUCACCGGCCAGGACCAGCCUUUUUAUUCUGAAGCAAAAUUCCAUUUCUACUUUUAAAAUUGUGUCGAAUGUUUCCAGUGUUGAUGUUUGGUACAAAUAGAGCCACAGGAGGGGCUUCAGUAAAUUAAUGGAAAAAUAGAAUUAAGCGGUAAUGUUAUUUUUCUGUGAGCUUGUGAAGCCUCUGUGUGUGUGUGUGUGUGUGUGUGUGUGUAGAGUUAUGUAUGUUUAAAACCAAAGAAAUCAAUAGAACCCUUGCACGCACCCCCCCAAAAUGUGGCAAAUCUUUUUAAAUAAAUGAAAUUUUAAGACAAAUGUAGUUUGUCAAUGUUCAUGUUCCACCUGUAGGCCUGAGAGCUAAGCCCUGUCACACCGUAAUAAACUCAGUCAGUUUGUUUCUUGAAAAUGCGUUCUGUUGUCAGAAGCCUUUUAAAAAAAUUUUUAUUUGUCUUUUUGUGGGAAUCAGUAAACAUCUUAGGCCGGAUGAUAAUGAGAUAGCAAAAACAUUAGUACUGAACCGUGCAAGCCUUGGGGACUGAAAGAAAAAUAAAUAAAUGAAACAGUGACAAAGGAGCUCCUUUCUAAGCUGAGCAAGCAUUUGUAUGACUGCUCCGGGACCAGUCGUUUCCUAAGCUGCAUAUGGCCAUCUUGACAGCGUUCGUUCUGUUGUGUGUCUAAUUAGUACAUGUAAAUCACAGAGACAAAUAAACUGCACUGUGCCACCCAA